ACGCCGACGCGAGCUACCUGCUUGAGCUCGCCGUGCGUGCGCCUCUUCCUCUUUAUAAACUAACCAGCUGGAGUGGAGCACGUACGCCGCCGCAGACACACACAACGACGAGCUAGCUAACACAAGCUUGUCUUGCAAACAAGUCAUGGCGCCCGGCUUCGCGCGCUCCAUCUCCUUCCCUCUGAGCCCGUCCAGGUCUUCCAAGCCUCGCAUGGCGUCCGCCUACCACGCCCGCUCCGUCAGCCUCCCGUGCCGCUCCCACCCCAUCCUCGCGCAUCUCCACACCCACAUCCGCGCCGUCCGCGCCUGGGCGCAGGACCCCACCUCCGUCGCCUCCGGCCUCGCGCACGUCGACGCGCUCCACGCCGCGCUCGGCGACCUCCUCGACCUCCCCGAGGCCCAGGCCGCGCUCUCCGGCGCCAGCAGCUGCGACCGCCUCCUCGAGGCCUUCCUCCGCCUCGCCGAUGCGCACGGCAGCUUCCAGGAGACCGUCGUCGAGCUCAAGCAGGACGUCGCCGAGGCCCUGGCUUCCAUCCGUCGCCGCGACGGCGUGCGCCUGGCCUCCGCGCUGAGGUCGCAGCGUAAGGCCGGCAAGGAGCUGGCCCGCCUCGCGGCCGCGGCCAGGGACGGAGCCAGCAGGCCCUCGCGCCUCAGAUUCUGCGGCGGCAGCGCGGCGGAGGUCGAGGUGACCGGGCUGCUGGCCGAGUCUGCCGCGGCCACGGCGUCCGGCUCAGCUGCGCUGUUCAACAUCGUGGCGGCCAUGUCAGCGUCCGCCUCCGCGGCGGCGUGCUCGUGCAAGAGGUCGGCGGCGCUGAUGUGCCUGAUCAAGAAGGUGUCGGAGGAGGAGGAGGAGACGAUGGCGUUGAUGGAGAGGCUGGAAGAGCUGGAGGAGUGCAUCAACGAGCUGGAGAGCGGCAGCGAGAAGGUGUUCAGGAGCCUCGUGCAGACCAGGGUUGCGCUGCUCAACAUACACACCCACAUCUUCUAGCUCUAGCUAGCCACCAAUAUAAUCUCUCCAAGCAAACAUCUUCAGUACUGAAUUAGCAGUCAGAAAACAAAAACGAGUGUAACUGGAAGUCUGUAAAUAGCUGAGGUUUAAUUUUGUGCAGUUACGUUCGUGUAAUUUCCGGCUGCGUACGUACGUCUGUCCGCGUUGUGAAAUGUAUGUUUUGACAUGUAAAGAUCGAUCGAUGUGCAACUAUGCAAGGCUUAUGUUUUUCACACUUCAUCUCA